UCAUCACACUGCCGCCUGCGCACUUCUCCAGUGUAACACAAAUGGACAACUUGCAGAAUCCAGAAGACUGCACAGUAGAGCUUGGCUAUCUUAGUGAUGAUGAUUAUGAUGACGAUGAUGAAGACCUCACACAGCAGGGGUUCACCUGCCACUGCUGCUAUCAAGUCCUGGUGGAUCCCACUACGCUCAACUGCGGACACAACUUCUGCCGUCACUGCCUGGCUCUGUGGCGUCAGACCUCACGCAAGAAUGAGUGUCCAGAGUGCCGCCAGAUCUGGAAAGGCUUUCCUAAAAUCAACGUUGCGUUCAGGGAUCUGGUGGAGAUGCGUUUUCGGACUGACGUUGAGAGGAGGAGGCAGACCAUUAUGGCUGACCCGGCCAUCGUCCAAGCUCUGCUGACCUUCCAGCUUUUGGAGCAUGAAGUCCACCGCCGGGCCCCUCCGCCGGUGCAGUGGCGGCCAUGGUUGGGCACUGGCAGCUUCUUUUCUGGAGUCCUCAUUGCACUCACCACCGUCGCCGUGGUGUUUCUGGUGUAUCACUGGAGCAGCGGUGAAUCGAAGGUGGAGCUGUUGGCGAGGAAGCCAUUGGGUUUGUGGAAAGUGGAGGAAGUGGCCAUGUGGAUGGAGAAUCUGGGGUCAUGGGCUUCUCCAUACAGAGACACCUUCCUCAAGGAACAGGUCAACGGCAGACUGUUGAAUGUGCUUUCAGAACAGGACUUACUGAAGCCCCCCUACAGUGUAGAAAACGAGCUUCAUAGACGUGCAGUGCUGAAAGAAGUGCAGCGUGUGCAAGAGUUGGGCUUUAAACGUCCUCAGACUCUGUGGGAAUACAAGGCAGUAAAUGGAGGGAAGUCUCUCUUCCUUCUCAUUGCCAUGAGCGACUCCCCGCGCUUCGCCAUUCUCUACAUCUACUUAUUCGACUACUAUGAUUCGUUCUUGCCCUUCAUUCAUAUUAGCUGUCCAUCACCGACAAAGAGCUCUGAAGAUGAUCUCCCCUUCAGGAAUCUGCAGGAGACUCCAGACUGGAAGCAGUGGGCAGAGUUUCUGGUGAAGUACAGCCUCCUGCCCUAUCAGCUGCUAGCAGACUUUGCGUGGGAUUGGCUAGAUGUUCAUUACUGGACAGUGCGCAUUGUCCUCUGGAGCGCUUUAUUACUGACCCUGCGGGAAGCCCAACUGUUACGAAAUCUCUGGGGCCGCGCUGACAUCACGUCAGUCCUCAGGAUGGUCUUCAACCACUUGUUGGCCACAGUGUUCAUAUGGUUGUUCCAGAGGCUCUUCUGGCCUCUGACUCCACAGUUUGUGUGUAACUGCAUCUUCUACUGGACGCUCUACUUCUACCCUAUCAUCAAUACAUUCACACUGAUACAGCUAAUAUACCCACAUAUACUCCGCGGACUAUAGCACACACAAAGCAGAUGUAAGCAGUGUUUUCAUGCCAUUUUCGAAUGUAAUGUACUGUGCAAAAGUCAGAUACCACCCUUUAUUUCAUUUCCAGUCAAAAGGUACUUUU